CUGGUGUAAAAGAUGCCUUGACAUCUUGAGUACUCAUAUGUGUACACUGUGUAACAAGCUAUACUGUAGGUCUUGUUAUUUUGGUGUAAUUGUUCAUUUUCAGAUGUCUAUUAAUCUUAGAGAAAGCUAUCCACUGGUAUUCCAGUUCAUCCCAAUGGUAAUUUCUUAACUGGCAAAGUCCAAAGCCUUUAACUAGUGACUAUCCUGAUCUGUGAAAUACUGUAAAAGGCAGCAGAUAAGUGAAAAUAUAAGUAAUUUCAUGUUUAUAAAGAGGUAGUUCAACUGAAAAAGAAUAUUUUAUUUUGUCAUAAUUUACUCACCCUUGUUUUCUGCUUUCUUCUGUGGAACACGAAAUAAAAUAUUUUGAAAAAUGUUGGGGCUCAAACAACAUUGGACCCCACUGAAUUUCACUGAAGAAAAACUAACACGGAGACUAGCUAGAUGGUGUAGUUACAACAUUCACUAGCAGGGCUUAACCGUCCAAUGUUAACCAGCCAAACCUUGGUCCCAUGGCAUUUGAGUUGAAGUCAGUAAUUUAUGCGCUACUAGCGUCACCAAACAGAACUGGAAAAACACCUGCUAUUUCUCGGCCAAACUCGCACCAAUGUUGUCGUUUUAGGCUAGUUGUCAGGAUGCUCAAAAAUAGUGAUGUUUUGAUAGCGCCACAGUGUUUACACCUUUCAGGAGGAAUCAAACUUAGCUGGGACAGGAUAAAGUAUUGUAGCAUUCAAAACAGCACACAUCACCUUAGGCUAAUGCUGAAGGACUGAAUGGCUUUGUACGUGUCAGUGUAGGAUAAUAAGUGCAAGAUGCUGUAAGGAGGUGCUCAGGCAGAUGUGCAUUAGCUAAUGUUGUCUGAACGCAGCUGGGUUGGGCAGGGCUAAUAGACAGACCAUAACACUGACAUCAUCAAGAGAGUGGGGGCAAGCUGAGCUAAGAGAGAGAGAGAGGGAAUGAAGAAGAGAGGGAGGGAUUAAGCAAGCCACAGUAAGGGACAGAGAGUAGCUGUCAGAAAGCAGAGAGAGAGAGAGAGAACGCAGGGCUAGACUCAAUCCGCACAGAACCUUGCGGAUUUCUCCUUUACCGCCACUGCAUCUUUCCUUUUCCCUUUCCCUUGCCAUCCCCCCUUCCCCUCCCUCUUCCCCCCACUGUCCUCUCUGCUCUGGACCGCUCCUCCGGGCAUGCUACUUAAGCCCAAGUAUGGCCGCUUCCGGAACGACUCUGUGACCUCCUCCGACGACCUGAUGCAGAGCCUGGCCAUGAGCGGGAAGGUGGUGGCCACGCCGGUGGCCUCCUCAUCCGCACCUGGCUUGGAGCUGCCACCUCUGGAGACCGCUGCCCUUCCUCCGCCUUCGGCCCAGGUGCUGGCCGACUCACCCGGGCUGGAUGGCGAGCAGGACGGGACCACCACCUUCUGCAUGCUUAUUCCCAAGAUGCCCCAAUGGAAGUUUUCCAACUCGUUGCUCAGCCGUAGCCCGUCCAAUAGCAGCUCCAGCUCCAAUUCCAGCAAGGAAUCCGGCAGGGCGCCUCCAACCGAUAGUUCCCCUGCUGCAGCUUUUGGGGGGGCGACUGCCCCCAGUGGUCCUGUGGCAAGUCUUGCAGCUGUGUUCAACUCCUGUGACCCUGUUUGUGUGGGUCCCUGUUCCCUACAGGCCGCCAGGAGGCAGAGGGCAAGUGCAAGAGAGUCCAGUGCAGGGGCCGCCGAGGGGAGUCCAGGGGGCUCUGGGAGCUUCAGGACCGGGAUGAACCGGAGGACCAGGGUGGAGGGAAUAUGGCUGGGAGAUAACUUCACCCAGAAGGGAAGCUUCAUCAACAAGCCCUCACAGGGGUGGUUACACCCAGACAAAAAGAUCAGCAGCACGGGGGCUUCGUACAUUGUCAGGUACAUGGGCUGCAUUGAGGUUCUGAAAUCAAUGAGAUCUUUGGACUUCAGCACUAGGACACAAGUCACAAGGGAGGCCAUCAACAGGUUGUGUGAAGCUGUACCUGGAGGAAAAGCUGCCUGGAAGAAGAAAACCACCAACAAAGCCCUCCAGUCUAUUAUGGGGAAGAGUAACCUACGUUUCGCUGGAAUGAGCAUCGGCGUCAACAUCUCCAUUGAUGGCUUGAGUCUACUUGUCCCCACCACGCGACAGGUGAUUGCCCAUCACCCUAUGCAGUCCAUAUCUUUCGCCUCUGGUGGAGACUCGGAUACACCCGAUUACGUCGCCUAUGUGGCUAAAGACCCUGUUAAUCAAAGAGCGUGUCACAUCCUGGAGUGCUCUGAUGGUCUUGCCCAGAAUGUGAUCAGUACCAUCGGCCAGGCAUUCGAACUGCAGUUCAAACAGUACCUACACAGCCCACCCAAAGCCAUUCCCACCAUGGAAAGGAUUAUACGAACAGAAGAGUCGGCGUGGGGGGAUGAUGAGGAAUCAUCUGAGCACGAUUACUACAACAGCAUCCCAGGGAAGGAGCCUCCCCUUGGGGGAGUGGUGGACUCUAGGCUCAGGCCUCCUGCGGGCCUACUGGGUCACGUCCAUACACAACCACAGAGCAAAACCGCUCAGACAGGGUCACCGGCCAAAAGAGAUGCUUGCAGCCUCCCAGCCGCCCACUUGUGUUAUGAAGUGCACUGGGACACUGAAAACAACAGCAGCUCAAGUUUGACUUCCGAUGGUUACCUACGAGCAGACGGUCGUCCUCCUGGCAGCCGCGAUUACGAGGAACACCUGUACGUAAACACUCAGAAUCUGGACAACAUGGAGGCUUCAAUGGACUCCCAAGGAGGACAUAGACCCGAGAGCCCGAAGAAAGACAUUUUUGAUAUGAGGCCAUUUGAGGACGCUCUGCGUCUACAUGAGGCUAGUGGAGUUUGCGUACUGGAGGACAAGUGGCCGAGUCCCCCGCGACGCCGGGCCCCCGUCGCACCCACAGAGGACCAGCUCCGGCGGGAGAUGUGGUACCACGGCCGCAUGAGCCGCAGGGACGCAGAGAAUCUGCUGGGCCGAGAUGGAGAUUUCCUGGUGCGGGACAGCGCCACUAACCCAGGCCAAUAUGUGCUGACUGGGAUGCAAUGUGGGCUUCCCAAACAUCUGCUGCUGGUGGAUCCCGAAGGAGUCGUUCGGACUAAAGACAUGCUUUUUGAGAGCAUCAGUCACCUGAUCAACUACCACCUAUCAAACAAGCUGCCAAUUGUUGCAGCGGAAAGCGAGUUACACCUCCAGCAGGUGGUCUGCAGAAAGCACUGACCUCCAUUUGAAGCCCAUAUACAUGGGUGCAAGGCCAUCCCCUGUGCCGCCAAUUUGAGGCCCCACACUAUUGCCUUAAACACAGACUGUGAGCUUCCACUGGGACUUGUGGGAUAUCCCUGUUCUUUAGGCACUGACCACAAACAGCUUUCAGCAUGCCUUGUUCAAUCGACCCCUUCUUCAACAGAGAAGACCCCAACUGAGAGUUUGGCAUUGGGAAAUAAAGUGCUUGUGAACAAUGAGUUUCCCAACAGACUGUUCUUGUUCCUGUCAGAAAUGUGAACUUAUGAGAAACACAUGAGACAAACCGUCUUAUUCCCUUCCUUUACAUCUGUACGAGCAUUCGUCGUCCUUUCUAAAUGUAUUCGGCUGAUCUUUUCUGAGGGUCACCUCUGAAACUCUGGACAUCAGUGUGUUGUUGUGCUUACCAAUGGUUUGCUCUCAGGAUGCAGUAUUUGUUAAGGACAUUGUGUAAAGCUCAUAAGCUCAAUCGCUCUAAUGCAGUAGUAUCAAAUGCACAUGUUUAAUUUAUGAACUCAGGACCAAACGUUUGGGUCAUGCUCAUGUGAUAUUGCCCGUUUUUAAACGAUAGUGUUCCAGACAUGAAUUAUACUUCACAAUUACACAUUUUCCAUUCCUCUUUUGUGUUUAGUCACAUCAACAAAUGCCCACAAUGCGCAGAAUUUCAUUUAAAGGUGCAUUUGGUAGUUUCUUUGGUGAUUGGUGUACACUCACAUGAGAAGACUGAAGGAAUUCGCAUGAAGGCGAAAGAUUUCCCUACGCAGAUUUUGCUGCAGGUUGAAGUUGGUCAUGUAGAUUCAUUCACCGCAUUGACAGAAAAUGACUUUAGAAAAUUAUUCGGUGUGAGCUGCGCUUCAUUCAUUUUGCUGAUAUAUUGGAAAUGUGACCGCAUCUUCACACGUCCCUCACACAAAAUUCCAGAUUGCAUUAGAUUCCUACGGAGAUGACGGUAUUUCGCCCGCUGAAUUCCGCCGUACAAAGGUAUGUGACCGUACCGUAAAACCAAACGUUAAUGGCUGCCGCCUCAGAUAUAACAUUACUAGUAGCGGUGUAGUUCGGUGUAUGUGAUAAACGAAAAUUAGCCAAUGAAACGCUUAUUAUCGGUGAGAAAAAAAUGGGAGAAUCACUACCUUACGGCUGAAGAAGCAGAAAAGACCAAAAACAAAACAAGCGUAAAUAUCGGUACGACAUACAUAAGUUGAAAAGAUUUGGUGAUGAGAAAAUCCUGAGUAGUGAUACCCUUGCUUGUUUGAUGCCUGAUGCUUGUUUACUCUGUGUAAACCACUCUGUAAAACUCACUAUCAGUGUAAUUUACGCAGUGCAGCGUUUAAAAUACACAAAGACCAGCGAUGUCAAUGCUAGCUAAAAAACUACUGAAUGCACCUCAGUAUAUAUUGUUUUUUUGUUGUUGUUGUUUAUAUGGACAUACAAGUCAUCCGCAAACUUUUUUUCAUACAUUCCUAUAAAUAUUUUGUAAUGUGAAACCAUCUUAUUUCAACGUAAAAGCUGCUUUCUGGAGAAAUGUAGUCGGCAUAAAAUUGAAACCUUUAUAAAUGUCCAAAUAUUCUUGUUAUAUAAAAUGAAGAGUUUGGCUCACUACAGUGAAUUAAGAACCACAUUUUCUUUAUCCGAAAAGAAGAUUCCAGUGCCUUAAAAGUAUUUACUUUUUAUUUAAAACACAUCCUUCCGCUUAUUUAGGUUGUAUACUUCCUUUUUGCAUUCCAGUUUGAGUUAUAAAGCUCUCGCAUACAGUACGUAAGAGGCAUAAUUCGGAAUAGCAUACUAGCACACUACCAUUUCAGCCAUAUAUAGAUGUGGCAGAAACAGUUUUUAGGGUUCAGCUAGUUAGCAUAUUUCAGUUAGCGCCUGCUGGUAUAUGCUGUAGCGACACCAUUUGGGUUAAAAAAGAAGCUUUAACCACUGACAAAUAUUUAAAAGUAGCUAUAAGUUUUGCAAGCAACAUAUAGGCCUAAAUCACAAAUAUUUCAAAACAUUUGGGACUCCUGCGCCAGCCAGGCAACUGACAUUGAGAUGAAUGGGAAUGCUAAUGGCUAGCUUCCUCCAGGUAUAAUAGACCUCCUUGCCAACACCAAAAACCACUUACUUUAAUUUCUCAGGAUGUUGUUUCUCUAAUGCUGUGUUCCUCUAUGAUCUUAAAGCAUUCUCAAUAAAACUGAACAGGAAGGGAAAACUAUAAGAAAA